UAUUACAAAUUCAAUAAUAACAUUUAAAGGUACCUCAGUUGUGAAACGAAACAAACAUGAUAAUUAACUUUCCAACCGCUACUGGCUCUACCUCAUUCUCUAUUUUUUUCUAAGAUAGUUAACUUUCAAAUAUUUCAAUUUUUUUUACUUUUUAUUAUUAUUAUUUGUUUUAACCCAAAUAUUUUGUAGACAGCUGGCUGAAAUAUAGGACAGAGUUGCUGCUGUCACGCAUAUUCAAAAAUAAUUUGCUCCAAACACGUUUGCCUUCCACUCGUUACUCUGGGUUACUCACUCUUCUUUCAACUCGAUCGGUCUUCAAUUACUUCACUUUAGAGUUUUGAACAUUCCUUCUUCACUCACUUUCAAGAAAUGGCCGAACUUCUCUUCGUUCCUGUGGAGCGACUCAUUGAGGCUUUGUGCUCAUCGGCUGCCAAAAAGAUCGGACUGCUCUGGGGUGUCAGAGAUGAGAUUGAAAGCCUGGCCAACACCGUUUCAACAAUCAAAGAUGUGCUUCUCGAUGCGGAGGAGAAACAGGCUGCUGGAGAUCGUGCUGUUAGUCGUUGGCUCGGAAGGCUAGAAGAUGUCGUUUACGAUGCGGAUGACUUGCUGGAUGCCGUUUCCACUGAAGCUCUACGGAGAGACAUAAUGACCCGUGAUAAGAAGGCCAAAAAGGUACGCAUCUUCUUUUCCAAAUCAAACCAGCUUGCCUAUCGUGUCAUAAUGGCCCGGAAGAUUAAGGCUAUAAGAAAGAGGUUAGAUGCCAUCAACGCCGAUAGGCAGAAAUUCCAGUUGGAGGUACGCCAUGUGGAGACACGAGUCGUGAACAGGGAGAGGGAUCAAACUCAUUCUUUGGUACGCGAGGAACUGGUUAUUGGGCGAGAGAAUGAUAAGAAGGCUGUUAUUGACUGUUUGAUGGACUCCAAAGUUGAAGAGAAUGUUUCAGUCCUUCCAAUUGUUAGCAUCGGUGGAUUGGGAAAGACUACACUUGCUCAACUCGUAUAUAAUGAUGAGGAGGUUCAAAAUGGCUUUGAACCCAAAAUGUGGGUGUGUGUCUCUGAUAUCUUCGAUGUUAAAAAUAUUGUUGCAAAAAUCUUAAAAUCUGCAGAAGACAAUAAGAAAGACAAGGAGAAAGACAAGGAGAAACCAGCAACCGUUGAAAUGGAUACAUUGGUAAAAAAUCUCCUAAAAGAAAUCGAAGGAAAGAAAUACUUCCUCGUGUUGGAUGAUGUGUGGAAUGGCGAUCAUGAAAAAUGGUGUCGCUUGAAAGUAGUGCUGAUGGGUGGUGCAAGAGGCAGUAGAAUAUUGGUGACUACCCGCAAUGAAGUCGUUGCAAGGACCAUUCGACAAGAAAGCGUUGCAAAGAUUAUCGGAACAGUUGAAUCAUAUCCCUUGAAGGGUUUAGGUGAAGACGAGUCAUGGUCUUUAUUCAAGCUGAAGGCGUUUGAGAAGGGACAAGAGCCGAAUAAUUCAAACAUCGUCGCACUUGGGAAGGAGAUGGUAGGAAAGUGUUCAGGUGUCCCUCUGGCCAUAACGACAAUCGGAAGUUUACUAGGCUCCAAAAAUUCCGAAAAAGAGUGGUUGUCGUUUAAGAACAAUGAACUCUCAAAAAUUUCUCAAGAAGAAAAUGGCAUCAUACCAACUCUGAAACUGAGUUAUGAUCAUCUUCCUUCACAUUUGAAGCACUGCUUUGCUUAUUGCUGUCUGUUUCCAAAGGAUUACAAGUUUUGUAUAUCAGAACUGGUUAUGCAUUGGAUAGCACAAGGAUUUGUCUUGUCAUCUGAUGAUCAAAACCGAUGUUUAGAAGAGGUUGGUAAUGAGUAUUUGAAGGAAUUACUAUGGAGAUCAUUCUUUCAAGAAGCUGAAACGGAUGACUUCGGUGACGUAAUUCAUUGCAAAAUGCAUGACCUCAUGCAUGAUCUUGCCAUAUCAGUGGCAGGAUCGUUGAUCGCCACAUUGGAUGAUAAGAAGACAAACGUUGAUAAGAAAAAUCGUCAUGUAUCAUUACUUGUUGGUUACGAUAGACGUAUUUCUUCAUUGUGUGAAGCAAGUAGGAUGCGAACAAUUCUUUUCUUCAAUAGCUAUGGGUAUAAGAUUGAUUGUGAUGAGCUUUUUUCAAGUUUCAAGUUCUUGCGCAUGUUGGAUUUGUCGUGUAGAUAUCUUGAUUCUGUGCCAAGCUCUAUUGGGGAGUUGAAGCAUUUAAGGCAUCUUAAUCUCUCUGUAAAUCCAAAAAUGAAGAAGUUACCCGAUUCUAUAACCAGUUUGCAUAAUUUGCAAACACUAAGACUCGUAUGUUGUAAAUCGCUUGAAGAAUUGCCGAGAGACAUUAAAAAAUUGGUCAAUCUCAAGCAUCUUGAGAUAGAUUUUUGUGAUGCUUUGACUUAUAUGCCACGUGGAUUGGGGCAACUGAAUAAUCUUCGGAUGUUAACAAACUUUGUGGUCCCCUCGGGUUCUCACUCCAGUCAUUGCGCUGAUUUACGAGAAUUGAACGGACUAAAUCAGCUGAGAGGAUUCUUAAAUAUUACAAAUCUAGGUCAUGUGAAAGGUGUUGCAUCAGAAUUUAAGGAUGCAACUCUAAAGGAUUUACAACAUCUUCAUGAUUUGCGUUUAUUUUGGAAUUCGGAUCUUGAAAGAGAUUGGGACGUUGUCGAGGAUGGAACAUCAUUUGAAGGCUUCCAACUGCCCCCAAAUCUGAAAGAUUUAUAUUUGAAUGACUAUCCGGGUUUAAGGAUUACGAGUUGGGUUUCAUCACUCACAAAUCUUAUUAAAUUUGAAUUAUACAAGUGUAAGAAAUGCCAAUAUCUGCCACCAUUGAGUCAACUGCCUUCUCUCAAGACUCUUAUUCUUAAAAAUAUGGAUGGUAUCCAGUACAUAUCAGAUAGCAAUGACUUCUCUUCUUCUUCUUCAUCAACGCUAGAACCAUUCUUCCCAUCCCUCGAGUGUAUCGAGCUCUAUUAUUGCAAUAAUCUCAAGGGCUGGUGGAGGAGGAGGGAUUCUCCGGUGGAGGUCAAUUUCGUUGAAAUAACAGAGCAUCCUUCACUCCCUUCCUUUCCUCGUCUCUCAAAAUUAAAGAUCAGUGGGUCCCCAAUGUUGACUUCCAUACCAAUGUUUCCACAUCUUGAAGAAGAGUUGGUCCUAAAUAAUACUAGCUGGAAGCCAUUGCAACAUACAAUGAUGAUGAAUAUGGCAACGCCGCAAAGCCCUAUAUCAGCAGCAACAACAUCCUCUUCAUCCAUUCCUCUCUCGAAAUUGAAGCGUUUAACACUACAUUCCAUUACAGAUCUAGUAACCCUGCCACUCCAACAACUAACUUCCCUCCAACGCCUGCAGCUUGGGGAUUGUCCAGAGCUUGAGUUUGCCAACGAUGAGGAUGAGAUGCAAUGGCAAGGCCUUAAGAGCCUCUUCUCUCUUCACUUCUUUGGACUUUCAAAAUUGUUGUCUCUUCCCUCAGGGCUUCAACAUGCUACCACUCUAGAAAAUCUCAAGAUUAACAAUUGUGAAAACUUGACGGCUGUACCAGACUGGAUCCACAACUGCAAAUCCCUUAAAGUCUUUGAAAUUUCUCGAUGCUCCAAUUUGACAUCGCUGCCCGAAGGAAUGGGUAGGCUAACUUCUUUGCAGAGGCUAAAAAUUAAGGAUUGUCCCAUCUUAUUGCGAAGAUGCAAGAGAGACACAGGUGAGGAUUGGGCAAAAAUUUCUCACAUUCCAGAGUUAGACUUACUGUAUCCGUCUCAGCAAGAAGAACAUUCAAGCACCCAUGCAUCUUCGACUUAAUCAGAAAAUAUGGAUGGUUCUUGUUCUUUUUGAUGAUGCUGUUGAUGUCAAAUGGAAGAGGUGUAGGGGAGCGUGAGGAUGACUUACACAGCUGGGUUCUUUGAGUUUGAGCAUUGCUUGCUUGGAAAGAUUAUGGAUUCUGAUCAGAUUCUUGUAAAUUGUUGAGAUUACUCAUAUUUAUCCAUCAACGAUCAAGUGUAUAUAUUUUCAGGCAGAGUAGCAUAAUAAUGUUGCAACAUACCACUACAAAAGCAACAGCAUGAAGCCAAACAGUGUUCCUAAUUGCUACAUGAUCACUUUUGAAGCCAACCAGUGUUCCCAAUUGAUCAGCUUGAAGAAUUGCCGAGUGACAACAUAAAAUUAGGCAACCUCAGCAGCUUGAGAUUGAUAGAUGUGAGGCUUUGAGUUAUAAACUUCUCUUUCUACAGUUAUUUCUGAUGUGUUCUAUUCUAGAACUAAUUUUACUUAUUUUGUAAUAUAAUCCUAGUCAUUUUCUCAAAAAGAAUAAAGAUAAUUGGUUUGUUGAUGAAUGGAAUUGCUACUUCCUUAA